AUGGUUCUGUUUGUGGUAUGGAUAUUAAUACUAUUGCCACAUGCAGUAUGUCUGUCUAAUGAAAUCAAAUGUAGUGUUAGCAGCCUUCUUCCAAUCCUUCACAAAUAUUUCCAGACAGGAGAACUCAACAUUGCUGGCAUUAUUUCUCAGACACACAUUUUGUCGCAACCAAUAUCCUUCACAGCCCGUCCCUCUCUUGAACUCAUUGAUGACAUCAUCCAUUUCAGUGCAAGUUCGACUUAUCUUGGCUCAAUGGAACUGCUCUCAACACCAGGAAGAUUCAUCCCAAAUUACAAGUGUGACACUCAGAACAAUCCCAUAGCAGCCAUUGGGGGACCCAACUCUAACGUUUUUCUCCAUAUGGCAACCAUCCUGAGUAUCUACAAGAUUCCACAGCUCACUUAUGGUUCUGCCCCAGUGCUGGCUAACAAAAUCAAAGGGUCCUUCUUCCACCAGAUGUUUCCAAACAGGGCCCACCAGCAUAUAGGGAUUCUUCGUUUACUUCAGCAUUUCCACUGGACAUGGAUUGGAGUGCUGUACCUGGAUGAUGACAACGGAGAAAGGUUUGUACAGAAUGUGCUUCCUACCUUUUCACUGAACGGCAUCUGCUUUGAUUUCAUACAAAGUCUCCCCAAACAAGGGACAUCAUCUUUGGAGGACUUUGAAAAACUUGUGGAAGAGGCCACCGGAACGUGUAGGAAGUUUAUGCAAAGUAGUGCUAAUGUGUUGAUCCUUUACGGGGAAAUUCAGACCACAUCAGUUUUGGGAAUGUUGCUAAAGCUUUCAGACUGUCAAGAUGUCCUGGUUAAGACAAAAGGGAAACUCUGGAUUUUGACGGCCCAGAUGGAUUUCACAUCACUCUCUUUCCAAAGAACUUGGGGCAUAGACUACCUCCACGGUGCUAUAUCCUUGGCAAUUGAAUCAAAGGAGGUGUUAGGAUUCCAGAAGUAUGUUCAAAGCAGAAACCCAACCUGGGAAAAAGAAGAUGGUUUUAUGCAAAUUUUCUGGGAGACUGCUUUUCUUUGUUCUUUGCUGAAUUCCACUUCGUACCAUUCAUUUGAUGAAACCUGCAGCGGCCAAGAGAAGCUGGAAACGCUUCUUACAUCUGUCUUUGAAACAAGCAUGACUGCCCACAGCUACAGCAUCUACAAUGCUGUUUUUGCUGUGGUGCAUGCACUCCAGUCCUUGAUUUCAUCAAAGUCCAAAAAGAGAGCUAUGGUGAAAGAACAGAGACAGAAGCUUCUCAGUCAAGUGUCAUGGCAGCUCUCCCAUUUUAUGAGAAGUGUUUCAUUUAACAACAGCGUUGGGCAGAAGAUUUCUUUUGAUGAAAGUGGCAGUUUAUUAGCUGGAUUUGAUAUAAUUAACUGGAUCACUUUUGCCAACAAUUCUUUUCUUAGAGUCAAAGUGGGAAAGGUAAAACCACAUGCUGCCCAGGACAACAUAUUCACAAUUCAGGAGGAUAAUAUUGUAUGGCCUAACAGUUUUAACCAGUCCAUCCCCAUUUCUCUGUGUAACGAUAACUGUCACGAGGGUUUUAGCAAAAGGAUAAAGGAAAGGGAGCCAUUUUGUUGCUAUGACUGUCUUCCAUGUCCAGAGGGAAUGAUUUCAAAUGAAACAGACAUGAACAACUGUUUUCAGUGCCCAGAAAGACAACACCCAAACAAUAACCAAGAUUUAUGUAUCCCAAAAUCUGUAACAUUCUUGUCCUACAAAGAACCUUUGGGGAUCAGUCUGGCUGUUAUUGCUCUUUCCUUUUCUUUCAUCACGGUUUGGCUGCUUGGGAUCUUCAUUAAGCAUAGGGACACUCCCAUAGUCAAAGCCAACAACAGGAAUCUCACCUACAUUUUACUCAUCUCCCUCCUACUUUCAUUCAAAUGUGCUUUGCUUUUCAUUGGCCGGCCUCAGCCUGUGUCAUGUCUCCUCCAACAAAGUGUUUUUGGCAUCGUGUUUACAGUAGUUCUAUCAUGUGUGUUGGGAAAAACCAUUCUUGUGAUUUUAGCAUUCAAGGUCACUCAACCAUGGUCCAAAAUGAGGCAAUGGACGGGGAAACCACUUGCCUACUCCAUUGUUCUUUCUUGCACUGUUAUUCAAACAAUCAUUUGUACUGUAUGGCUGACAACCUCUCCCCCGUUUCCAGAUUUCGACAUGCAAUCAAUGACCAAAGAAAUUGUUCUGAAAUGCAAUGAAGGUUCAGUGAUCAUGGUCUACAGCAGCAUAGGUUUUAUAGGUCUCUUGGCUUUAGUCUGUUUCACUGUGGCUUUUCUGGCCAGGAAGCUACCAGACACUUUUAAUGAAGCCAAGUUCAUCACCUUCAGCAUGCUGGCAUUUUGCAGUGUGUGGGUCUCCUUUGUUCCCGCUUACCUGGGUACAAAAGGGAAAUACACUGUAGCUGUGGAGAUCUUCUCCAUCUUGGCUUCCAGUGCUGGAUUACUGAUAAGCUUAUUUUUCCCCAAAAGCUAUAUGAUUUUGCUCAGGCCUGAGCUGAACAGCAAAGAGCAGCUCAGAAGAAUAAAGAAAUAA